CAAUUACCAUAGCUAGCAGCUGGGAUAAAGCCUCCCAGGACAUGGGAGAAUAGCUAAUAGGAAGUAACAUUCUAACGAAGGUAAUAGCAAACUGAUAUCCAGGGAGAAUGAUGAAUUGACAUGAAUACGAAAUCAAAAGAAAAUUGACUUCAGAUGCGCAUGCGCCAUAGAUCGCCAACUUUAGAAUUGCUAUUUUGAAAAAUGGAUACUGAUGAUGUUUUAAUAGAAAUCCGGUGGAAAUGACAAUCUUAUAGAACACAUGUGAUGUGAGAAAUUAAAUAAUCCAAUAAUUAUGUGAACAGUGAAAUUACUCGUGGAAUAGUGUGUAGAUUAGAAGAAACAUCGUCCCAAAAAUGGCGGCUUACAUUGAGAAACAUUGGACGCUAUAUAUUGUCUUGGUGCUUGUACACAAUGCCUUUGGAUAUAGCAUACCGAUAGGAGCGCUAAUAGACGACUCUAAUACUCAAGCAAAGACUGCCUUCAGCUUCGCAAUAAUGAAGUUUAAUAAAGAACUGAAAAAUGAAAACAAGAAGAAAUCUAUAGAAAUACAUCUAGAAUCCAACAUGAAAUUACAUGUAGAUAUGUCGAAUCCAUAUCAAGUAACGAAUGAAAUGUGUAGGCAUCUUAACAGAGGAGUGUUUGCAUUCAUUGGGUUUGAAACAUUGGAAACUUCAGAUGUUAUUAGAUCGUUUAGCAAAAGAUUCCAAGUGCCAUUCAUUAGUAUCGGAGGACCUAUCAACACAACAUUUCAAGAAAACCCAUACGGCCUAAGGAUGCAACCGUAUUACAUACCAGCGGUGGUGGAUAUUAUAGACCACAACGUAAAGGCGAAUGGUUGGGAUGUAGUAUAUUAUGUCUACAACAAGGAUGACAUAGGUAUGAUUCGUUUAUCCCAAUACUACGACUUGAUGAUUAAAAAAAAUAUCAAGGUAACCAUACGUGCAGUCCCCGUCAAAGGCGUGGAGGAUGCCUACAAAAGAUUGCUAAACCUUGUCAAGGGGGAGAUGGAGCGAGAAGAAGAAGUAAAACCCAGACGUCUUAUUUUAGAACUAAGUCGGGAAGAACAACAACAGCUCAUCGAAAAACACCUGAGUAGUAAGAUACCGGCGUCAGCGUUUCAUUACGUUCUAGGAGGAAUGGGCAUCAAUGAACUGUCAAUAAAAAACUUCAAGACAGGAGGAGUAAACAUCACGGGAAUACAACUUAUUGAUAAGUCUUCCGAAACGGUUAAAACAUUCCUGAAGUUAUGGGCGGAUCUGGACUCAAAAGAAUGGAAGCAAUCAGAUUCAGAAUUGAAGUAUGAGGCAGCCCUGGCGUAUGAUGCUGUAACCGUUAUUUAUAAAGCAGUACGUAAAUUAUUCGAUAGAAAUAGGAAGGCAUUAGAGGAGGCGGGAAAGCCAAUCAACUGCACAUUGAGUAGCAAGUUUGACAAUAAAUCUGAUGUUGCCCGUUAUGGGCCUAAGAUACUAGCAGAGCUCAGAAAUGUGGCUGUGUUCAAUGGACUAUCAGAAAGUGUACGGUUUGACAACAAAACUGGCGAAAGGAAGGAUUUUAAAUUAGAACUUUUGGAUACAAAUAUCAAUAGAGGAUUAGCGAGGUUUGGAUAUUGGGGGAGAAGAGCAAAUGGCCUGACUGUCCAUGGUCCUAAGUUGAUCAGACCGUGGAGGGUAUUUAACGAGACGAACGCAACAUUCAUAGUAACAACCAUUCUCCAAAAACCCUUUAUAGAGCUGAAAUAUCCUGAGAAGAAGGGGAAUGCACGAUUUGAGGGAUACUGUGCCGAUCUGGCUGCUCUAGUUGCGAAUAAGUUGAAGAUUAAGUACGAAUUAAGAGUAGUUAAGGAUGGGAAGUAUGGUAGUCAGCUGCCAAACAAAACCUGGAAUGGUAUGGUCGGAGAGUUAACGAGAAAUGAAGCUCAAAUUGCUAUUGCACCAUUAACAAUCACCUCACAGCGUGAGAAAGUCAUAGGGUUCUCGAAACCAUUCAUGAGUGUGGGGAUAAGCAUCAUGAUCAAGAAACCCGACAAAGCAGUCCCAAGCGUCUUCUCAUUCCUACGACCCCUCUCCUAUGAGAUUUGGAUGUGUAUAAUAUUUGCCUUCGUUGGUGUGAGUGUUGUCCUGUUCCUAGUAAGUAGGUUUAGUCCAUACGAGUGGCACGUCGAGGAUACCGAUGAAGGAUUUGAAGUGACAAAUGAUUUCUCAAUUUGUAACAGUCUUUGGUUCUCAUUGGGCUCCUUUAUGCAACAAGGUGGCGACGUGAACCCAAGAUCAAUGUCUGGUCGUAUUGUUGGAAGCGUCUGGUGGUUCUUUACUCUUAUUGUCAUAUCUUCAUACACUGCUAACCUAGCUGCGUUCCUCACAUCUGAGAGAAUGAACGCGCCCAUCGAAUCAGCCGAAGAUUUAGCAAAACAGUCAGCAAUUAAAUAUGGAUCGGUUAUUGGUGGAUCGACAUUGGCUUUCUUUAAGACGUCGCGCAUGCAGACAUAUGAACGAAUGUGGAACUUCAUGAAGACAACCACUCCAACUCCAUUUGUAGACACUAAUAAAGAAGGCAUUGAGAGAGUUCGAAAGGAAAAAGGCAAAUAUGCCUUUCUUCUCGAAUCGACCAUGAACGAAUAUGAAAAUAAUAGAUAUCCAUGUGAUACGAUGAAGGUUGGGAGUAAUUUGGACUCUAAAGGAUAUGGUAUAGGAACACCAUUGGGCUCUCAGUUAAGUGAGCCCAUUACUCUGGCUGUGUUGGAAGCCUUGGAAAAUGGGGAACUCCUUAAGCUUGAAAAGAAAUGGUGGCUCUCUGAAGAAAACGUUUGUAAGCAGGAUGAUGGAAAACCUAAGGAUGCAUCAGAGAAUGCCUUGAAAAUGGCAAAUGUUGCUGGGAUAUUCUAUAUCAUGUUAGUUGGUCUAUGCAUUGCCAUAGUUGUAGCCCUGCUUGAAUUCAUUUACAAAUGUAACGCAGAAGCUAAUAAAAAGAAGACCAGUCUAUCAGCUGCCAUAAAAGCUAAGUUCAACCUGGCUAUAAAGGGAAAUGUCGAGUAUGAUGAAGCUCAACAGGGAGAGGAGAUUCAAAAAUCCAUGUCGACGGUAGAGAUUUGUAAAUCUUCCACCGUACAGACGCUUAUCUAA